AAAAAAUAUAUAAUUGUUUGAUAUGAAGGUUACCGAAUUAUCGAUUAAACAACAGUUAGCUUAGCUUUUAGCAGUUUUCAUAGUGAAGUUUGAUAUUUCAUUAUGGAUGCUAAGAAAAAGAAUAAUUUUAAAAAAUGUUUUAAUAUAAAAAAUUUGCACAAAUCGAUAAUAUUCAAAAAAUCUCAACAUGAAUUUUUAUUAAAUAGUGAUGAAAACGAUUUUAACACAAAUUUACUUGUAUCAAAGUCAAUCUAUGAUAUUGACACGUUUUCUGCAGAUGAUUUACGAGGAUCAUUAAAACGAGCAAAAGAAAAUCCGAUAGAGCCAUUUAAGUUUUUGACGAAUAUUGAUGGAACUUAUGACAGUGUUAAUUUAAAUGAUACUCAAAUGUCAAAAUCAACAGAUAUUGAUAUCCGAUUAGCGUCUUUAUCAAAGCGUAUUCAACUUAAUAAAUCGCUGUUGAAGAAAACUAGUCAACGAAUGAAAGAUAUUAACUUCAUUACUGAAAAAAAUAACUCGAUAACUUCAAGAAACUUGAACAAUAAUUUUUCUAAGAUCGAUGACAAAAAUUCCGAUGAAAAUUCGUUGAUUAUUAAAGAUGAUUCUAGAAUUGACGAAAUGCAACGAGUUCUAAAAAACACUAUUGGAGUAUUGAGUCGAAUGAAAGAAAUAGUGUCUAAAGAAUCAGUUUCUGAACAAUUAAAUUAAUAAAGCUAAUUUGUAUUUAUCAAACAAACUUGUCCAAA